AUGGGCCAGCCCCGGCUUAGGACACAGCCGGGACACACCAAGGUGCCCAUAUAUGGCGAUCACAUCAGCAGCCGAAAGGCCCAGGCCAUGAAGCAGGCCAAGGACCGCAAGAAGCUGCUGUUCCGGCCGGGCCCGAGACGACUAGAUAAUCUCAUUCAGAGCAUGAAGGACACCUCUCAGGUUUUGGCCCUCUCCCUGUACAUCCCCAACUGCGACAAGAAGGGCUUCUUCAAGCGCAAGCAGUGCAAGCCGUCCCGGGGUCGUAAACGGGGCAUCUGCUGGUGCGUGGACCGCUUCGGCGUGAAGAUCCCCGGCAUCAACUACGCCGGCGGAGACCUGCAGUGCAAGGAACUGGACGGCAACAGCAACGGCAACGAAUGA